AUGCCAGAGUUGAGAAGUGGAGCUAGAAGGUCAAAGCGACUUGGAGAUCUUCAGCCUGGUCCCCUACCUGUUGAUCAAGGAGAGAAUUGGGCACAGCCUGAACAGAACAGAACUAGGAGGAGAGUUGGAGGUGGAAGAGGAAGAGGUGGUAAUGCUACAGGUAUAGGUAAAGGGUCUUCACCAGCUGUACCCACAAGGCGACCUGCAGCUGGUAGAGGCCGCGGAGCAAGAUUGAUUGAUUUGGAUCCUGAACCUUGUGAAGUCCUUCCAGAACCUGUUGCAUUAAGGGCUCAGGAACCUGUUUACAAUCAUUUAGAGGUAGUGGCUAAUAAUAACAUUGUAAUGGAGGGCGGAAGUGGUGAUAAAGUGGCAGCAGCUGAAGAAGAGGCAACCACAACCCCUGUCCCUGAGAGGGUACAAGUUGGAAACUCUCCUGUAUAUAAGACAGAAAGGAAGUUGGGUAAGGGUGGUUUUGGCCAAGUGUAUGUUGGCAGAAGGGUUAAUGGUGGAUCUGAUCGAACAGGUCCUGAUGCUAUCGAGGUUGCACUCAAGUUUGAGCAUAGAAACAGUAAAGGCUGUAAUUAUGGGCCUCCUUAUGAGUGGCAAGUUUACAGUACUCUGAAUGGUUGUUAUGGCGUUCCUUGGGUUCAUUACAAGGGUCGACAAGGAGAUUUCUACAUUUUGGUGAUGGACAUACUUGGGCCCAGCCUUUGGGACGUAUGGAAUUCUCUUGGUCAAUCGAUGUCGCCAAGUAUGGCUGCUUGUAUUGCAGUUGAGGCAAUAUCAAUUCUUGAGAAGCUCCAUAUGAAAGGGUUUGUGCAUGGAGAUGUAAAACCAGAAAACUUUUUGCUUGGACAACCUGGAACGGCUGAUGAUAAGAAGUUGUAUCUUAUUGAUCUUGGUUUAGCUUCAAAGUGGAAGGAUGCAUCAUCUGGUCAACACGUUGAAUACGACCAGAGACCUGAUAUAUUCAGGGGAACAAUAAGGUAUGCUAGUGUACAUGCACAUUUAGGUAGGACUGGCAGUCGAAGGGAUGAUCUUGAGUCACUGGCAUACACAUUAAUAUUUCUCAUAAAAGGGAGAUUGCCGUGGCAGGGUUAUCAGGGUGACAAUAAAAGUUUUCUUGUUUGUAAGAAAAAAAUGUCCACAUCUGCGGAGUUGAUGUGCUGCUUUUGUCCUGCUCCAUUUAAGCUGUUCCUGGAAGCAGUUACGAACAUGAAAUUUGAUGAGGAGCCAAAUUAUUCUAAGCUCAUAUCACUUUUUGAUAGCUUGAUCGAACCAUGCACUCCAUUGAGACCCAUUAGAAUUGAUGGAGCUUUAAAGGUUGGUCAAAAGCGAGGAAGGAUGCUUAUAAAUCUGGAGGAAGAUGAGCAGCCUAAGAAAAAAGUGCGAUUGGGGAGUCCUGCUACUCAGUGGAUAUCAGUGUAUAAUGCACGCCGUCCCAUGAAGCAAAGAUAUCAUUAUAACGUAGCUGACAAUAGGCUUGGGCAGCAUGUAGACAAGGGUAUUGAGGAUGGGUUAUAUAUAAGCUGUGUGGCCUCUUCAGCAAAUUUGUGGGCUCUAAUAAUGGAUGCAGGAACAGGUUUUUCUUCCCAGGUUUAUGAGUUAUCACCUGUCUUCCUGCACAAGGAUUGGAUUAUGGAGCAAUGGGAAAAAAAUUACUAUAUCAGUUCAAUAGCUGGUGCAGUUAAUGGCAGUUCCUUGGUUGUGAUGUCCAAAGGAACCCCUUACACACAGCAGUCCUACAAAGUGAGUGAUUCUUUUCCUUUCAAAUGGAUAAACAAGAAGUGGAAAGAAGGAUUCCAUGUUACCUCCAUGACUACUGCUGGUAGCCGCUGGGGUGUUGUAAUGUCCAGGAAUGCUGGGUAUUCUGAUCAGGUUGUGGAGCUUGACUUUUUGUAUCCAAGUGAAGGAAUUCAUCGACGAUGGGAGAAUAAUUACCGGAUUACUUCUAUGGCUGCUACUAAUGAUCAGGCAGCCUUCAUAUUGAGCAUACCAAAACGCAAAUUACUUGAUGAAACUCAAGAGACUCUGAGAACGUCUGCUUUUCCUAGCACCCAUGUAAAGGAAAAAUGGGCCAAGAAUCUCUAUAUUGCCUCCAUAUGUUAUGGGCGAACUGUUUGCUAG